AUGCCUUUGUAAAUAGCCAAGAAUGGACUUUAAGUAGGACAGUACCAGAAAUCAAAUUAGGAAUUAUUGGUAGUAUAUCUAGCGGUAAAUCAGCGUUAGUUCAUAGGUAUUUAACUGGUUCUUAUAUGCAAGAAGAAUCGCCAGAAGGAGGAAGGUUCAAAAAAGAAAUUGUGGUCGACGGCAGAAAUUAUUUACUGCUCAUACGGGACGAAGGUGGCGCACCUGAACUUCAGUUCUGUUCAUGGGUGGACGCCGUCAUUUUAGUUUUCAGCGUUGAAGACGAAAGCAGCUUUAAUACGUUAUAUAAUUUCUAUGCAAAAAUAGCUCAUUAUAGGAAUACCGCAGAGUUGCCGUUGAUACUGGUCGGAACGCAAGAUGGUAUAAGUGAAAGCAACCCGAGAGUGAUAGAUGAUAGCAGAGCCCGUAGACUCGCUAGUGAUCUAAAACGGUGUCCGUACUAUGAAACGUGUGCUACGUAUGGUCUUAAUAUAGAGAGAGUCUUCCAGGAUGCGGCCCUAAAGAUAGUGGAGCAACGUAGACUGAAUCCCAUUCCUAUUCCUACUUUCACGCCUACAAACUCUUUACCCAGUACCCCACGGUCUAUACACAGUAAUCAUUUUGUAAUCCCACAACUGCCAGCACCACCCCCACCAGCACCCACACAAACCCCAGCCACCCCUGCCACAUCAAGCAAUAGUAGUAUAGCACUGCCGCAGACGCCCAGUUUACAACGACAUCACAACACAAUGAAGGAAGAUCACAAGCAUAAACAACAACAAAUACAGCAACAACAACAACCGACAUCACAGCAAGAAAAUAGUAAAGAUCCACCACCGCCAAGUCCCAGCAGUACGCCGAGUAUAGGAAGGAAAGCGAGACGAAGAUCAAAUAUAUUUACACCAAACAAAAACAAAGUCAACGACGCUAAGAAUGGAGAUAAUCUUAGUCUCGGUAGUGGUAGAUCUAUUCCAAUUAAACAGGGAUAUCUUUACAAGAGAAGCAGUAAGUCAUUGAAUAAAGAAUGGAAGAAGAAGUAUGUCACGUUGUGUGAUAAUGGGAAGCUUACGUAUCAUCCCAGUCUACACGAUUACAUGGACGAUGUUCAUGGAAAAGAAAUUUUGCUUCUGAAUACAACAGUCAAGGUUCCUGGUAAAAGGCCACCCUUAGCAAGAGCUAAUCCUGUUGGGGCGCCCUCUAGAGGCAAUUCUGGUACAAAUGGGAUGACAAACGAUUUUGGUGCUAUGACAAUAACUGGUAAUCUAGGUGCAAUACAUUCAAAUCUUGGUCUAAUUGAUAAGAAUAUCAAUCUUGUGUCCUAUCAAGAUAAACAAGAAAUCCAUACAAAAACAUGUUCGUUACCGCGAGAUGACGGGAACUGGGAUGCGGUUGUAAUAUCAAACUCGUCCAUCACUCCAGGUAUUUUCAAUGGUUUGGAAUCGGCUUUGGCAAGCAUAGGCUCACAGGCUAGUAGUAUCGUUAAUAGUUCGAAAUUAGAACCUCCAUCGUCUCAUACGAAAAAAAAACAUCGAAGGAUCAGAAGUUCUGGUGUGGCUAAAAGUAUGGAUGCAAGUCAAGCUGACGAAUCAGACGAGUACGAGUUCAUUAUUGUCUCCUUGGAUAACAGACAGUGGCAUUUUGAAGCUCCAAGUAGUGAUGAGCGAGAUGAAUGGGUGCAAGCGGUGGAACAACAGAUAUUAGCAUCCAUACAAGGGAUUGAAAGCACUAAAUCAAAAGAUAAAAGUUGUACUUUGGACGAUAAAGUGGUGAUACAAUCGAUACGCAGUGUGCGUGGUAAUGAAUACUGUGUGGAUUGCGAAGCACCAAGUCCAGAUUGGGCAAGUUUAAAUUUAGGAGCUUUAAUGUGUAUUGAGUGUUCAGGAAUUCAUCGUAAUCUUGGAACGCAUUUAUCUAGGGUGCGAUCUUUAGACCUGGAUGAGUGGCCGUGUGAUAUAACAUUGGUGAUGACAUCCAUCGGGAACUCGUUUGCAAACAGUGUGUGGGAGGUGGUAUUGAGAGGAAGAAUAAAACCAACACAGAGCUCAAGUAGGGAAGAAAAAGAAAAGUGGAUACGAGCGAAAUACGAACACAAGGAAUAUUUGGCACCGCUACCUUACUCUGAUGAAUCAUUGGGAGAGCAAUUACUUGAUGCUGUGACCAGGGAAGAUUUACGUAUGGUAGUUUUGCUAUUAGCGCAUAGUAAUUCGGCAGAGGAAGUAAAUACGAGUUACGGAAGCCAAGAUGGCAGGACUUCAUUGCACCUCAGUUGCGCAUUGGCUAAUUCUGUUAUAACGCAGUUACUUAUUUGGUAUAAUGUGGAUGUUAACUGUGUAGACGCAGAUGGACGGACGCCAUUAUCAUAUGCUAAUGCCGUUGGGGCCGAGGACUGCGCUAAAAUAUUACAAAACAAUGGCUGUACAUUGGAAAGGCUUGAUAGGACUUCAAAAACUAAAAACAAAGCAAUGUUCGAUAAACUGCCAGCAAGCGUAAUAUAAUGCUGCAAUGGAAUUAUGUAAAUAGACUAGUUAUUGUGUCUUUGGUUGAACUCAUUGUAGAUUUCAUGUUUGUCCUGCCAUUUUUUUGACCAAUCUUGGAUACUGCCAAUAUUGUGAAGAAUCUUAUUGGAAAUGUGAACUAUUUUUUAUCGUAACACUGUGAAUAUCAAGGAACAAUGUUUCCACUGAUCGUAUUUUAUUGU